AUGGUAUCGACAUUAAAUGAACGCGAUAUCGUUAUGGCGAUGGAGGCAAUGGCUAAAGAUAAAAAUUUAAGCCUCCGGAAAGCUGCCAAGAUUUACAAUAUUACUCAUACGACACUCAUGCGUAGAAUGAAAGGGAUCACUCCUGCCUCCGAAUAUCGUCAAAAACAGCAUAAAAUUACUAAAAUUGAAGAGGAGGUUAUUAUUCAACAUAUAAUCGAUAUGGAUGAGCGAGGAUUUAGUCCUAAAUUCAUAAGUGUUGAAAGUAUGGCGAAUCACAUUCUUGAAUCGAGGGGUGGAAAGCGUGUUGGUAAACAAUGGGCAUAUCGAUUCGUGAAUCGACACAAUAUUCUAAAAACGCGUUUUAAUCGUGCCUACGACUUCCAAAGGGCUCUCUGCGAGGAUCCUAAGCUUAUUAAUAAGUGGUUUCAACUAUUCAAAAAUAUAAAGGCAAAAUAUGGAAUACAGGAGUGCGAUAUAUGGAAUUUUGAUGAAACAGGCUUUAUGAUGGGAGUGAUAUCCUCUAGUAUGGUUAUUACUAGUGCAGAUAGACGUGGCAAAAGUAAAGGAAUACAGCCAGGCAAUAGAGAAUGGUCGACAGCGAUUGUAUGUGGUAAUGCGACGGGGGAGAACAUACCUCCAUAUCUCCUUGUUCAAGGACAAAUGCACCUAGCCAAUUGGUACAGCGAGACGGAUAUGCCUCCCGAAUGGGUGGUUAAAACUACUAUAAAUGGAUGGACGAAUAAUGAGACGGGUUUAGAAUGGCUAAAGCAUUUUGAUAAGCAUACGAAACUUCGAACGAAGGGUGCAUAUCGAAUGCUAGUCUUAGAUGGACAUGAAAGCCAUGAAUCAGGCCCUUUUCAGAAGUAUUGUAUAGAACAUAAGAUUAAAGCCGUCGGACUACCACCUCAUUCGAGUCAUCUCACCCAACCUCUUGAUGUUAGUUGUUUUAGUGUGCUAAAACGCGCAUAUAGCAAGCAAAUUGAGGGGUAUAUGCGGAUGCAUAUCAAUCAUAUCUCCAAAGUCGAAUUCUUUAUAGCAUUCAAUGCUGCAUACGAACAAGCAAUUACAAUGGAGAAUAUGAAAGCAGGCUUUAGAGGAGCAGGAUUAGUCCCUUUUAAUCCCGAUGCUGUACUCUCUAGAAUGGAUAUUCGAAUCCGUACACCUACUCUUCCUUCGCUUCCUCCGAGUCAUAUGCCCGAUUGGGUCUCACAAACACCUCACAAUGCCACCGAAGCUCUUUCACAAGCAUUUUUAGUACGAUCUAUUAUUGCUCGGCAUCAUUCUAGCUCUCCUACACCUAUAUUUAAGGCUACAGAUCCUUUAAUUAAGGGUGUAGAAUACCUAGCUAGUACUGUCACGAUUUUAGCUUUUGAGAAUCACGAUCUUCGAUUGGCAAAUACGGGAUUAAGUAAACGUCGACGCGCUAAAAAGACUCAAUUACGUUUAGGAGGAGCUCUCACUAUUCAAGAGGCUAAUGAUAUUAUAUCACAAAAAGAGGUGGAUGUUCAGAUUAAACGCGAUAGGCAACAAAAUGGGCGGAAUUCUAAUAGAGAGGCAUCGACUAAUCGAUGCUGUAGUAAAUGUGGAAUAACAGGUCAUAAUGCAAGAACAUGUUCUAAUGAUAAUAUAGAUCCUAAAUUAUUAGAUAGUGCUUAG